AGGUGAUGCCAGCAAAUGGCAUUUCCUAAGAGGAGAAGAGUGUGCCCAUGCCCAGGGGUGGGGAGAGCAAAGAAGGGACACAUUCUACAGCCUUGGUCAGCACUGGGCAGGAUCUGGUGGAGGCCUUGGGGCUGGUUGGGGUGGUGUAGGGACAGGAGGUAUGGGGUGGCCCUUUCAGAGCCAUGUCCCAGUACCUCACCAGUGAGAGGCUCUGCAGCCUAUCUGGGAACUGUCAUUUGUCACGUGGGUGGGGCUCCAUGUCCGCUCAGCACAGUCCAGAGCCCGUCCCACCCCCCCCUCAUCCCCUGUCCUCUGUCAGGGUCACCGGCAUCCCAGCAAGAGACCUUGGGACGGUCUGACCCCUUCCCUUCCUUUAUUCCGUGUCUGGUCUCAGUGAAUUUUUUCUGUCCUUCUCUAAACUUUGCUCGACCCCGGAGCGUAAUCUGCUGCAGCUCUUCACCCCACGUACAGCCGCAUCAUGGCCCUGUUCCAGCCGCAUCGUACCUUGUGCCCGAAAUUGUGCGGGAGACCCAGGACCUCAUAGAACAAGGGGCUCUUCUCCAGGCGCACCGGAAGCUGAUGGACCUGGAGUGCUCCCGGGACGGGCUGAUGUACGAGCAGUACCGCAUGGACAGUGGGAAUACUCGGGACAUGACCCUCAUCCACAGCUACUUCGGGAGCACGCAGGGGCUCUCGGACGAGCUGGCCAAGCAGCUGUGGAUGGUGCUGCAGAGGUCACUGGUUACCGUUCGCCGUGAUCCCACCUUGCUGGUCUCGGUUGUUAGAAUUAUCGAAAGGGAAGAAAAAAUCGACAGGCGCAUACUUGACCGAAAGAAACAAACUAGUUUUGUUCCUCCCGGGAGGCCCAAGAAUUGGAAGGAGAAAAUGUUUGCGAUCUUGGACAGAACCGUGACUACUAGAAUUGAGGGCACACAGGCAGACACCAGGGAGUCCGACAAGAUGUGGCUCGUCCGCCACCUGGAAAUCAUCAGGAAGUACGUCCUGGAUGACCUCAUUGUUGCCAAAAACCUGAUGGUUCAGUGCUUCCCUCCCCAUUACGAGAUCUUCAGAAACCUCCUGAGCAUGUACCACCAGGCCCUGAGCACGCGGAUGCAGGAGCUCGCGGCCGAAGACCUGGAAGCCAAUGAGAUCGUGAGCCUGUUGACGUGGGUCCUAAACACCUACACGAGUGCAGAGAUGAUGGGCAACGCGGAGCUGGCCCCGGAGGUGGACGUCAGCAUCCUGGAGCCUUUGCUCUCUCCGGACGUGGUCUCUGAGCUGCUCAACACGUACAUGUCCAUCCUCACCUCGAACAUCAUUGCCUGGCUGCGGAAAGCACUAGAAACAGACAAGAAGGACUGGAUAAGAGAGACCGAGCCCGAAGCCGACCAGGAUGGGUCCUACCAGACGACGCUCCCUGCCAUCGUCUUCCAGAUGUUCGAACAGAAUCUUCAAGUUGCUGCUCAGAUAAGUGAAGAUUUGAAAACAAAGGUACUUGUUUUGUGUCUUCAGCAAAUGAACUCUUUCCUGAGUAGAUACAAAGAGGAGGCCCAGUCGUAUAAAGAGGAGCACCUCCGGGACCGGCAGCACCCACACUGCUACGUCCAGUAUAUGAUCGCCAUCAUCAACAACUGCCAGACCUUUAAAGAAUCCAUCGUCAGUUUGAAAAGGAAGUACUUGAGAAGUGAAACGGAAGAGGGCGUGUCUCUGACCCAGCCCAGCAUGGAUGGGAUUCUGGACACCAUUGCACAGGAAGGCUGCAGCAGCCUGCUGGAGGAGGUCUUCCUGGACCUGGAGCAACAUCUCAGUGAGCUGAUGACAAGGAAGUGGCUGUUAGGCUCCAAUGCCGUGGACAUUAUUUGUGUUACUGUGGAAGAUUAUUUCAGUGAUUUUGCCAAAAUUAAAAAGCCGUACAAAAAGAGGAUGACGGCGGAGGCGCAGCGGCGAGUGGUGCUGGAGUACCUGCGGGCCGUCAUGCAGAAGCGCAUCUCCUUCCGCAGCGCCGAGGAGCGCAAGGAGGGCGCCGAGAGGAUGGUCCGGGAGGCCGCGCAGCUCCGCCUCCUGUUCCGGAAGCUGGCCGCCGGCUUUGGUGAGGACGCGGACGGGCACUGUGACACCAUCGCGGCCAUCGCCGAAGUUAUUAAGCUGACAGACCCGUCGCUGCUCUACCUGGAAGUUUCCACGCUGGUCAGCAAAUAUCCAGACAUUAGGGACGAGCACAUCGGCGCACUCCUGGCCAUGCGAGGGGAUACGAGCCGGGACCUGAAGCAGACCAUCAUCGAGACGCUGGAGCAGGGCCCGACACAGGCCAACCCGAACUAUGUGCCCAUCUUCAAGGAGAUCAUGGUUCCCAGUCUGAACGUGGCAAAGCUCCUCAAGUAGCCUGCCAGGCCCCAGCCCUGGAGAUGUGUGGCCGCCAGAAAGCCGUGAGAUGCCCGGGACCCCUGGGCCGCACUCACGGCGCCUUAAAGAACAAGUACUCUGGCGGCUGUGGUACUUCCGGCUUCCGCGUGCUUUGUAACGUCCCUUGUGAGGCAUGUUCCGGUUUGAGGGCCCCUGUGGUGCCUGUCCCUCUUGACCCCUGGGUCUUCAUUUCCACACAGUGUAAACACAAACUCUGCUGCUCAGUAAAGUCUGACCUCCCGCAGGGA